AUGUCCAACGAUGGUGGCGUCCCGAUAACGAUUGAGUUCAGCGGAGGCCUUGAGAUUCUCUUCGGCAACCAAAAGAAGUACGCCCUCUCUGUACCCGAGAAAGACGAAUCGGGCGCACCAGCAAAUGUCGCUUUUCUUGUACGAUAUUUGUGCGAUAAUGUCAUGAAGGACACGCGCAAAGAGCUGUUCGUAUUAGAUGAUACUGUCCGGCCAGGCAUUCUUGUACUCAUAAAUGAGGCGGACUGGGAACUGGAGGGCGAGGAUAAGUACGAGCUACAGAAAGUACUUCUCAAGGGAAAGCAUAGCUUGCAAUGCAAGAACUCGCUGUAUGAUCACAUACCCUCUACUGUUCAAGCUUGCGAUUGCUUACAUAAGAUUAUGAUCUGCAACUUCCUCGGUAACCUUGGCCAGGCGUACUGUGGUAACAGGCAAAAGUAG